ACGCUUUUUGUGUCUCAGGAGUAUAGCCGCGCACUCAAACUGGACGAACUCAAAACCAGUCACCCGAUCGAAGUCGAAGUCAACAGCCCACAUGAAGUGGAGGAGAUAUUUGACGCUGUCUCCUACCAAAAAGGCGCUUCGGUUAUCCGAAUGUUGAAUGACUACCUUGGAGCCGAGGUUUUCAAAGCUGGUCUGCAACAAUAUAUUAAGAGACACCAGUAUUCUAACACGGUCACCGCGGAUCUGUGGCGAGCGUUGGCGGAGGUGAGUGGCCAGCCCGUGAAGGAGAUUAUGUCGACGUGGACCAAACAGACCGGCUAUCCAGUCCUCUCGGUUCGUACCCUUCCUAGCGCAGACGGCCAAUCUCUAAGCCUGGGCAUUAGUCAGACCCGCUUCCUUGGCGAUGGUGGAAAAGAAGGUAACGUCUAUCUCUCUCUCUCCGCCACAUAA